CCUCCUGCAGCUGGUUUGGAGAGUGAAUUAUCACCACGUUUCCCCUCACGCUGAAACUCCACAAUCCCAUUUACUUGAAGUUCCUGAAAGAGCUCCUGAUCCUAGACUGUAGCCACAGGGCCAUACGGAGUCCAGGCAGAGGUCAGUGAGUAACAGAAGCCUCAGAUCAGGACAGAUAGGAGCAGGGGAGCAGCUGCGAUGGCUUCAGGAAUCCUGGUGAACGUAAAGGAGGAGGUAACAUGCCCCAUCUGCCUGGAGCUCCUAACAAAACCCAUGAGCCUGGACUGUGGGCACACAUUUUGCCAAGCCUGCAUCACUACAAACAACAGGGGGUCCAUGAUCGGCCAAGGAAAGAGCAGCUGCCCUGUGUGCAGGAGCACUUACCAGCCUGAGAACAUGCGUCCCAAUCGACAUGUGGCCAACAUUGUGGAGGCCUUUAGAAAGGUCAAGUUGAGCCCACAGGAGGUGCAAAAGACAGAUCUCUGUGUGCGCCAUGGAGAGAAACUCGUGCUCUUCUGCCACGAAGAUAAGAAGAUCAUUUGCUGGCUUUGUGAGCGGUCUCGAGAGCACCGUGGUCACCACACCUUCCUCAUGGAGGAGAUUGCCCAGAUGAAAAAGGAAAAGCUCCAGGCAUCUCUGGACAGGCUGAAGGCACAACAGCGGAAAGCUGAAAAAUUGAAUGAUGACCUUGAAGAAGAGAGAACUUCCAGGAAG